AUGCCCAAAAGAGUUAAAGUUGAUGCUAUAGAAUUUUUAAGAGGUCGUAUUUACCUUGGUGUUUAUGAUAAUAUCCCUCAAGAUACUGAUGAAUUAGUUCAUUUCACAAUUGAAGAUUCUUUACCUUAUAAUUCAUUCAAUCUGGAUUUUGGUCCUUUACAUAUUGGUCAUCUUUAUAGAUUUGCUGUUGUACUUCAUAAUAUCUUAAAUGAAGAUUCAAAUCAAGGUAAAGCUAUUGUUUUUUAUUCUUCAAGUGAUUCAAAACAAAGAUCUAAUGCUGCUUGUUUAUUAGCUUGUUAUAUGAUUUUAGUUCAAUCUUGGUCUCCUCAUCAAGUUUUACAACCUUUAUGUCAAAUUGAUCCACCAUUUAUGGGAUUUAGAGAUGCUGGUUAUUCUCAUGCUGAUUUUGAAAUUACAAUUCAAGAUAUUGUUUAUGGUGUUUGGAGAGCAAAAGAACGUGGAUUAAUUGAUUUGACAAAUUUUAAUUUAGAAGAAUAUGAACAAUAUGAAAGAGUUGAUCAAGGUGAUUUUAAUGUUAUUUAUAAUAAUUUUAUUGCAUUUGCUUCUCCACAACAAUCUCCAAAAUCUUCAAGUUUAAAUCAACCUUUUAAAAAAGUUUUAGAAUAUUUUGUUAAAAAUGAUGUUCAAAUGGUUGUUCGUUUAAAUUCUCAUUUAUAUAAUAAGAAUGAAUUUGAAAAAAAAGGUAUUCAACAUUUAGAUAUGAUUUUCGAUGAUGGUACAUGUCCAACUAUGGAUAUUGUUAAAGAUUUCAUUGGUGUUUCAGAAGGUGUUAUUAAAAAUGGAGGUAAAAUUGCAGUUCAUUGUAAAGCUGGUUUAGGUAGAACUGGUUGUCUUAUUGGUGCUCAUUUAAUUUAUACACAUGGGUUCACUGCUAAUGAAUGUAUUGCAUAUAUGAGAAUGAUUAGACCAGGUAUGGUUGUUGGUCCACAACAACAUUGGUUAUAUUUACAUCAAAAUCAAUUUAGAGAAUGGAAAUUCACAAUGGUUUUAGAUAAUCAACCUUUAGAAAGAUUAAAUGGUUUUACAACUUUAAUAAGUUAUGAAGAUUUUAAGAAAAAAAAACAAUUAGAACAAAAUAAAAAUUCACCAUCAACUCCAACAAGAAGAAAAAUUAGUAUUGGUACUACUAAUUUACACAAGAGUGUUCAUAAAGCUGUUCCAAUGGAAUCACCAGGUCAACCAAGAAAAACUUCACCUCAAAGAGCAAGACAUUAUAAUGUUAAUUCAGAUGAUGAAGAUAAUUCAUAUUCUAAUAAAGAUUUAAAUAAUGAAGAAGUUGAAGCUGAAAUUUAUAAUUCAAAACAAACCCCAAUUAAUGAUGAAAAUAAAGAAAAUCCAAAUCCAACUGUUCAAUAUACCAAAACCAUUACAACUACUAAAACAACAACAGUUACAUCACCACCAUCAUCUAAAGAAUCAAUUCAACAACUCCUGCCAAAACAAAGAGGUAGUAAUAGAGUUACUUCAGGUGCAAGAGUAAGAUCUAAAUUAGCAAAUCAAACUACUGGUUCAUCAAUUAUUGGUCAUGGUGGUGUGAAAAAAAACACUACUUCUAGAUCAAGUAGUGGUGUUCAAAAAGCAUUAAGAUAA